AUGUCUUCUGGAGGAAAAGGAGGAAAAGCAGCAGCUAACAAAUCUGGACAAUCUCGAUCAUCAAAAGCAGGACUUACAUUUCCUGUUGGUCGCGUGCACAGAUUAUUGAGAAAGGGUAACUAUGCGCAAAGAGUUGGAGCGGGUGCACCUGUAUAUCUUGCAGCUGUUCUAGAAUAUCUUGCAGCUGAGAUUCUUGAGUUGGCAGGAAAUGCUGCUCGGGAUAACAAAAAGACUCGUAUUAUUCCUCGUCAUUUGCAGCUUGCUAUUAGAAAUGAUGAAGAAUUGAAUAAAUUGCUUGGGCAUGUUACUAUUGCUCAGGGCGGUGUUUUACCGAAUAUUCAUUCUAAUCUACUUCCUGCUAAAUCUAAAAAAUUGGGUAAGGGCAGUGCAUGUGUUUAUGAGAUCAUAAAAAUCGUUAAUCACUAUUUAGCGUCUCAGGAACUUUAA